AACCUAACUAACUAACUACUUAACUUAACUUCCUAACUAACUAGCAUUGUUGUUCACUCAUUCACUAUAAUCUAUUUAAUCUCAAUUAAUUACGAGCUCCAUGUGAACAGGCUCAUCUCUGUGCUCUUGUGUUUAGUAUGAGGAGAGAGAGACGAGUCUCUCAUGGUUACUCACAAUGUCAGCAGUCAUCCAAACAAACACCCUUCUCAUCCUCUGUCUCUCGUCUGAACUCUCUGUGAUCAUCUAGACGACCAUCGCAAACACAUUAUCACUGCAGGAUGCCACUUGGAGGGGGAAACAAGUGCGGUUGCUGUCACAAGACGGUGUAUUUUGCAGAGGAAGUCCAGUGUGAGGGGCAAAGCUUCCACAAAUCCUGCUUUCUGUGCAUGGUGUGCAAAAAGAACUUGGACAGUACAACUGUGGCUGUACACCAGGAUGAGAUCUACUGCAAGUCCUGCUAUGGCAAGAAAUAUGGCCCAAAAGGGUAUGGUUUUGGUGGAGGAGCAGGUACUCUGAGCAUGGACACGGGCGAAGCUCUGGGAAUCAAACCGGCUGGACAAACAGCUAAUCGUCCAGCCAGUAACCCCAACCCCUCAAAGUUUGCUCAGAAGCUUGGUGGCUCAGACGUGUGCCCUCGAUGUGGAAAUGCCGUGUAUGCAGCAGAGAAGGUCGUUGGAGGUGGAAACUCGUGGCAUAAGAGCUGCUUCAGAUGUGCAAAGUGUGGCAAGAGUCUGGAGUCCACCACUCUAGCAGAUAAAGAUGGAGAGAUCUACUGUAAAGGGUGCUAUGCAAAGAACUUCGGACCGAAAGGCUUUGGGUUCGGCCAGGGGGCUGGCGCACUUGCCCAUGCCUAAUAGAAUUACAGCUGACAUUGGUGAACCCAGGAGGAACAUAUGGCCAUUCAUCACCUAUAAACAUCACUUUUGCAUAAAUGUUAUACACACAAGUGCUUAUAUUACAUUCAUUUUUGGACUCAAUAUAUACUAAAUGUGACAUCCAAGAUGCAUCUUAAUAUUAUCAGCUAACAUUUACACAUAAUAAUAAAAUGGGGUUAUUUUUCACUUCAUUUGGCAUUUAUUGUUUUUUCUUUUUUUUUUUUUAUCAAAACAUUGCUGUUGAUGUUUGAGCAUCCCAGCCAGCCUAAUAAA